AUGAAAUAACAAUAUUCAAAAUAAGAAAACUCGAAAGAUUUUGAAGAAUUUCAUCAUAUUGAAGAAUUGAAGGAAUUAUUUCUUUUAAAUUCAAUAAAUGAUGGAUCAAGUUUUUAGAAAGUGGUAAAAUUGGGAGGUGAUUAAGGGUUGGCAAAAUAAUUAAAAUCGCAUUUAUUAGUAGAUAUGAAAAUUAAUUUAAAUAGAAAGGAAUAGAUUCAGAAGCUCAAGUGUAAGAGAAUCGGGAAAAAUUUGGAAAUAAUGAUCCUAUAGAAAAGGAGCCUGCAUAAUUAUACGAAUUGAUUUUAGAGUGUUUUGGAGAUACAAUGCUGUAAAUCCUAUUGGUUGCUGCACUUGUUAGUACAAUAAUUGGAAUUAUAAAUGAAGGUGUAAAAACAGGGUGGACAGAGGGGUAUAAUUGAAUUCUAAUAUCUAGAGCAACAAUAUUUUUAGCUGUUUUUUUAAUUGUUUCGAUAACAGCUGGUAAUAAUUAUUUAAAAGAGAGAUAAUUUUAAUAAUUAAGACGUAAAUUGGAUGAUGGAAUGAUAUAAGUAGUUAGAGGGGGGAUAGUCGAGAUAUCAAUAAAAGAAAUAGUCGUAGGAGAUAUAUUGCAAUUUGGUAUUGGAGACAUCUUUCCAGUUGAUGGUACAUGAUGAUAUUAUAAUUUAGGUUUGAUGAUAUAGGGAUCUUAAAUUAAAGUAGACGAAUCUCCUAUGACUGGAGAGUCUGAUGAGAUUAAAAAAUUACCAUUCAAUGAAAUGACCCAAUAAUAAUUGAAUAACAAAGAUCAUCAUCAUUAUAGUCCAUUUUUGAUAAGUGGUACUCGAUGUUUAGAUGGAAAUGGAUAUAUGUUGGUGUUGCAAGUAGGAUAAAAUACGAUACAAGGAUAAUUAAAAUUAUUAUUAAAUUAAGACAACCCCCCUACACCUCUAUAACAAAAAUUAGAAGGAGUGGCUGAAAAUAUUGGAAAAUUGGGUACAUUGGUGGCAAUUUUAACAUUUAUUGCUUUGAUGGGACAUUUACUCUAUGAUGUAUUUGUCGACCAUAAACACGAAUUAUUUACUUUGUUAUCUUUACAAUUAAUAAUCGAGGCUUUCAUGAUAGGAGUAACAAUAAUAGUUGUGGCUGUUCCAGAAGGUUUGCCAUUAGCAGUGACAAUAGCCUUAGCCUAUUCUGUAGGCAAAAUGAAGGAUGAAUAGAAUUUAGUAAAGAAUUUAGCUUCAUGUGAAAUUAUGGGCGGUGCAAAUAACAUUUGUAGUGAUAAAACAGGAACAUUAACCUAGAAUAUUAUGUAGGUGACUGCAUUAUGGAUUGACAAUCAUACCUACCUUAAUCAAGAGAUCAAUAUAACUUCUAAAAUUUCAAAAUAAUCUAUAGAGAUUAUGUCUGAGUCUAUAUGUUAUAAUUCAAUAGCAAAUCCUACUAAAGAUAGAAAUACUAAUAGAUGGACAUAAAUUGGGAAUAAAACUGAAUGUGCCUUGAUUGAAUUAGCUGAUAAUUUUGGAUUUAAAUACUCAAAUUACAGAUAAAAUGAUAGAAUUCUAAGACAAAUUCCCUUCAGUAGCAAAAGAAAGAAGAUGGUAACUGCUAUUUUAAAUCCUAAAAAUUAAUCUAUUAGAAUAUUUAGUAAAGGAGCAUCAGAAAUUAUAUUACAAUAAUGUUUCAGGUAUGUUUCCAAUAAUGGUGCCGAAUUACCUCUCGAUAAAACCAAGAAGGAUGACAUUUUACACAAUAUUAUUGAAAAUUUCGCAUCUCACUCACUAAGAACAAUAGCAAUAGCAUAUAAAGACCUAGAACCUUAAAGUUAAGCUAUAAAGGGAUUUGUGAAUGCAAAAGCACAUGUACAUUAAAUAAAUGAAGAUGAAAUUGAUAAAGAUUUAACAUUGAUUGCCAUCGCAGGUAUCAAAGAUCCAAUCAGACCUGAUGUUGCAGAAUCUAUAAAAUAAUGCACAAGAUCUGGAGUGACUGUUAGAAUGGUUACCGGAGACAAUAUAAUUACUGCUCAAUCUAUAGCAUUAGAGUGUGGAAUAUUGGAGAAGAAUAGGGCAUAAUAAGAAUUCGAAGUAAUUGAAGGUAAGAGAUUUCGAGACUUGGUGGGAGGAUUAGUAAAUGCUAAAAAUGAAGAAGGAAAUGAAAUAAAAGUGGUUAAAAAUAUGCAGAUAUUCUAAAAAAUAAGCAAAGAAAUGAAGGUUAUGGCUAGAGCAUCGCCAGAGGAUAAAUAUUUAUUGGUUACAGGUUUGAUUUAAGAGGGUAAUGUUGUUGCAGUCACAGGAGAUGGUACAAACGAUGCUCCUGCAUUAAAAAAGGCAGACGUUGGAUUUGCUAUGGGAAUUACAGGAUCGGAUGUAGCCAAAGAUGCUGCAGAUAUCAUUCUCAUAGAUGACAAUUUUAGCUCAAUUAUUACAGGUAUCAAUUUAGAUAUUCCGUAGCUAUGAAAUGGGGUAGAAAUAUUUAUGAUUGUAUUAGAAAAUUCAUACAAUUUCAGUUGACAGUCAAUUUAGUAGCUUUGUUCAUGUCUUUUACAGGGGCUGUGAUCUUAAAGUAAUCUCCUCUUAAUGCAAUUGAGAUGCUUUGGGUUAAUUUGAUCAUGGAUACCUUCGCUUCUUUAGCUUUAGCUACUGAGCCUCCUUCCAUUAAGGUUUUAGAUAGACAACCGUAUAGAAGAACUGAUUAAAUUGUCUCACCGACAAUGUAUCGAACUAUAGUAGGGGCGAGCUUGUAUCAAAUACUGGUACUCACAUUUAUAUUGUUUCUCUUACCAAAAUUCAUUGAUUGCUCCAUCCCAGAGGAAUUGAUUGGAUAAAAAGUAUUUAUUUAAAUUAUAAUCAUAAAAGUACCCUAAGAACGUAGUACAAAUGAGUAUCUUCUUUUAAGCAUUUGUGUUAAUGUAAGUAUUUAAUUCAAUUUCCUGUCGAUAAUUAGAUUAUCACACAAGAAAUCCUUUUGCUAAUUUUUGCAAUAAUCCCUUAUUUUGGGUUGUUUAAACCAUAACGGUAAUUGUUUAGGUUUUGCUUAUAUAAUAUGGAGGAAAAUAUGUAAAGGUCUCUCAUUUGACAUUAUUUUAACAUUUACUAUGUGUAGGAUUUGGAAUUGGUGGAAUCGUAUUUUCCAUAUUAUUUAAAUUUAUCCCAGAACAACUAUGCUAAAAAAUUCAUCUAUUUAGAGAAGAAGAAAUCAAAACAGAAAAGAUGGAUGAUACCUUAACCAGUAAACUAAGAAGAAAGUCAACUAUGCGUCUACAUACUAGUUAACGAAGUAAGCAUGAUAUUGGUAGUCUAAAGAAAAUGAGCUCAGAUAAAUUGUGA